AUGAAUGGGUGUUUGUUGUGCAGACGGGGUUGGAAAUUCUUUUUCGUCGAAAUUGCAAAAAAAGCGUUUUCGAUCGUUUUUUUCCUCGGUGUCUCGAACGCAUCAGAUCCGGUCAAACCCUCCUCAAAGAGAAGAAAGCACCGCGCGAGAACAUCGAGAAGAAGUAAUAAUAAUAACAGUACUGGUAAUAACAACAGCGUUGAGAAUAGUAUUAUGUUCCUCGAAAAGUUUACCGGGCAGUGCAAAUGUGGAAACGUCCGUUUUUCCGGUCGAAAACUAUUUUACUCGUUCGCCUGCCAUUGCGACGCAUGUCGAAACGCGUACGAAAAACAAGGGAAAGGUUUCGCGACGCCGAUUUUAGGAUUGAAGAUGUUCACGACGGUCAAGUGCGAAAAAGAAAAUUCAAUCGAAACGCAAACGUACGAGACGAAAUCGUCCACCGUUUUCGGAGGCGUGAACAGGAUGAAGUGUAAGUCGUGCGAGACGUAUUUCGGGUCGAGAGGUUUUGGUCUGUAUUGGGUUUUUGAGUUUAUGAAUCAGAGUCUCUGCGCGGACGCAAAAGAGGAUGAAAUCGUCGCAGAUUUCUACCUGAGCGACUCAAAAAGGAGCGAAUUAUCGUUACCUACUCGCCCGCAUUUCUCGAACGAUUGGAUGUGUACGGCGAUGUUCGUCGUAUACUUUUUGAAAUCGGUAUUUUUCGACAGCGUUCAAGACGUGUUGUCCGUCGCGUUUGCCGAGAACAUUCGAGAGGAAGCGCCCUGUAUUCUCUUGUAA